AUGGACCUAGAAGAAGAAAAACCAAGUCUUGAUUUACCAUUGAUCUUCCAAGAAAGUACAAAAGAAUCAAGAUAUGGGUUCAGAAAAGAUGAGAUUGUCGAGGAGAUGAAGAAGCAGCUUGUGCUAGCUGGGCCCCUUGUUACAGUUAAUUUCUUGAUAUUUCUUUUACAGGUGAUUUCAGUCAUGUUUGUGGGUCAUCUUGGAGAGCUAGCACUUUCAGGUGCAUCCAUGGCCACUUCUUUUGCUUCGGUCACUGGCUUAAGUUUAUUGAAAGGAUUGGCAAGUGCCUUAGAAACAUACUGUGGUCAAUCUUAUGGAGCAAAGCAAUACCACAUGCUUGGUGUACAUAUGCAAAGAGCCAUGAUUGUUCUUCUACUGGCCAGCAUUCCCCUUGCAUUUGUAUCGGCCAAUGCUGGGUCCAUUCUGGUGUUCUUGAAGCAGGAUCCAGAAAUAUCAGCUGAGGCUGGACGUUACGCUCGUUACAUGAUUCCCACCAUUUUUGGCUUCGCAGUCCAGGAAUGUCAUGUCAGAUUCUUGCAAUCCCAGAACAAUGUGAUUCCAAUGAUGAUUUGCGCAGGAAUUACAACUUUACUUCACAUCUUUACAUGUUGGAUUCUUGUAUUUAAGUCAGGCCUUGGAAAUAAAGGGGCUGCAUUGGCAAAUGCUAUCUCUUACUGGACUAAUGCGUUCUUACUGGUGCUUUAUGUGAGGACAUCUCCCUCUUGUAAGAAGACUUGGACUGGUUUUUCCAAGGAGGCCCUGCAUGGAAUUCCCAAUUUCCUUAAACUAGCAAUUCCUUCAGCUAUAAUGCUCAGCUUGGAGAUAUGGUCAUUUGAGAUGAUGGUUCUGUUAUCUGGUCUUCUACCUAAUCCUCAGCUUGAAACAUCAGUCCUUUCCAUCAGCCUCAACACAUGUGCAAUGACUUAUAUGAUACCCCUUGGACUUAGUGCUGCUAUAAGUACAAGAGUUUCGAAUGAACUGGGUGCUGGGAAACCAAGAGCAGCUCGUCUAGCAGUAUGUGUUGCGACAUUCUUGGUUUGUACAGAAGGCAUUUCAGUGGCCUCCAUCAUGUUCUUUGGUCGUAAAGUUUGGGGCUACUUCUAUACCACAGAAAAAGUAAUAGUGAAAUAUGUGGGAGAAAUGUUGGUGCUUGUUGCGAUAUCUCACUUUUUUGACGGGAUUCAAUCUGUAUUUUCAGGCACUGCUAGAGGAUGUGGAUGGCAGAAGAUUGGAGCAAUUAUUAAUCUGGGUGCAUACUAUCUUUUAGGCAUUCCUUGUUCUGUACUAUUAGCUUUUGUGUACCAUUUCGAGGGAAAGGGACUCUGGACAGGCAUUAUAAUAGCACUGGUUUUUCAAGCAUCAGCGCUUUCGAUAAUAACUCUUCGCACCAACUGGGAGAACGAAUCAAAGAAAGCUAGUAACAGAGUCUACCAUGCAGUCGUUCUUGAGAAUUCGUCGACAUAA